AUGGUCAGAUACAUUCAGCCCAAGGCAGAGCAUUUGGAAUCACACGGGCAACUCAAAUGUCUGGCCGUGCAUCACUUUUGUGUAGUAGAUGUAGAAAAAGUCCGAGUAGACAACGGUCUGGAGAAUACCGGCCAAAACAGCCACGUAGUCGAAGCUUCCUUCAAAGAAGUACCGGUAGAUCCAGUUGGGAAUGUACAAUGCUCUGUAAAUGCCCAAGGCGAAAAUGUAAUGGGUGGUGAUGUUUUCGGCAGAGCCUGUUCUUUGCAACAUGUACAACUGUGGGAUAAUGGCCACGGCCUCCAACCAGAUGGAAAAGGCCCACGUCAAUUCCCGGAAAGAGUAGGCGUGGUUGAAAACCAACGUCACUAUGGAAACGGGAAUAAGCAAGAAUUUGAGUGGGAACGUAUCUAUGUCCUCGCGGAUAGUGCGGUGGUACUUCUUUGCCAUCAAGUAAACGGUGUAUGCCGAGGACAGAAGGAAGAAAAGCUUCAUGAGCGUGUUGUAAAGCGAAACAUAGCUGGUGAACAAGUCUAG